CCAAGCUACGAUGAGGGGGAAGGUUCCCUCAUUCUCCCCUGGCUCCACAGUGAGCUCUGCUCUGCCCGGCUACGUCGCUCUCUGCCUCACUCUACAGGUCCACAGGCUGGCGUCAGCACAGUUCACAGUGACAGGACCUGACCAUCCAAUCACUGCCUCCCUAGGUGGGGAGGCCGUCCUGCCCUGCCACCUCUCCCCCAGGAUAAGCGCUGAGAACAUGGAGCUGAGAUGGUUCCGAUCCCAGUUCUCUGCAGUGGUGCACCUGUACCGUGAUGGGCAGGAUCAGUACGGCGAGCAAAUGCAGGAAUAUCGAGGAAGAACUGAGCUCUUGAAAGAUGACAUCACCAGUGGGAGUGUUUCCCUGAGAAUACGCGAUAUCCGACUGUCAGACGAGGGACAGUACAAGUGUUUUUUUAAGUCCAGUGUCUUUUUUGAAGAUGCUAUAUUGGAACUGCAGGUGGCAGGUUUGGGCUCUGCUCCUGCCAUCUCUGUGGAGGGACAUCAGGAUGGAGGGAUCCGGGUUGUGUGUCGAUCAGCCGGAUGGUACCCAGAACCCGAGGUGCUGUGGAGAGACCUCCAGGGGCAGCUCUUACCAUCAGCCCCUGAAAAAAUAUCCCAAGAGUCCAAUGGCCUGUUUCAAACAGAGAUUGCCAUUGUUAUAACAGAAGAGUCCAACCAGAAAGUGUCCUGCUGUGUCAGGAACCCCCAACUCGACCAGGAGAGAGAGUCAGAGAUUUCCAUAGCAGAGCUGUUUUUCCCGCGAGUCAAUCCCUGGAUGGUGGCUCUGGGUGUGAUCCUGGUUCUCCUGGCUGUUCUCAUCCCCCUGGCCAGUUACUGCUUCUGGAGGCAGCACAGAGCAAAAGACAAACUCCAGGCUGAGCUCAGGUGGAGAAGCGCCCAGCUCUACGCAGUGGACGUGACUCUGGAUCCAGACACGGCAAAUCCCUGGCUCGUCCUGUCUGAGGAUCGGAAAUGUGUGAGAGACGGAGACACACGCCAGGAUCUGCCCGACAAGCCUGAGAGAUUUGAUCCUUGUCCCUCUGUCCUGGGCGCUGAGGGGUUCACGGGUGGGAGGCGUUAUUGGGAGGUGGGGGUGGGAGACAAGACUGAGUGGGAUGUGGGGAUUUGUAGGGAAUCUGUGCGCAGGAAGGGGUGGGUCACACUCUCACCUAAGGAUGGAUUCUGGGUCGUGCGGCUGGGGGAUGGGGGAUACAAGGCCCUCACCUCCCCCCGGACCCCCCUCCCCGUGAGCGUCCGGCCCGGCCGGGUGGGGAUUUUCCUGGACUAUGGGGCGGGCGAGGUCUCGUUUUACAAUGUGACUGACGGGUCCCAUCUCUUCACGUUCACUGACACCUUCUCUGGGACGCUCCGCCCUUAUUUCUAUACCGGUCUCAACGCUGGGGGUAGAAACGCGGCUCCCCUGAUCAUUUGCCCGGUCCCGGCUCCAGCCGGGGGGAAUCUCGGUCCCUGACAGUGACCCCGCAGCACAGACUGCCCCCCCCCAGCCCUGCUGCUCCUCCCGCCCCCCUGUUGGGGGGCCGGUUACUGCAGCUACUGGAGUUUUUGUGCUGACCGGAUGCUGCCAGUUUCCCUUUUCCACUGGAGGGUCCAGUCAAAAACCGGACAUCUGGCAACCCCCAGCCCUCACCUUGCCCCGUCCCCUGCCCCAGGGGUAGCAGAUGGUGGGGGAUGGGGUCAUUCACUCCUGGCAGAAUUUUCUAGCCCUGUGAAAUCUCAAUGUAAAAUAUGAAAGAAAAAAGAUAAUUAUAAUUUAGAAAAUAUUAUUGUAACAAGGUGUAAAUACAAGAAUAUUUCAAUUUACAUUUCAACAGUAUUUCAGAAACAAGCAUCUAAACAUAUUUUUAGAAAUGGAAUUAUUUACAUUUAUUUUUUGAUUCUUCCCUCAAAUCUAUACUGAAGUUUAACUUCUCUAAAUUACGUCAUUUGUAUCUCAACUGUGGAAUUUCAAGAAAUCGAAAAUAUUUAUCUUAACAAAAUAAACUAUUAAAUUGUCAGACGGGGUUGUUCAAUUACAAUGUACGUGUCAUAAACAUCACAACUACACACAUGUGCAGCUGCUCUCUCUCUCUCUCCCCCCCCCCCCCACUUUAUUGUCUUGACUGGUUCUCUCUGGAAGGCAGGGCACAUACACCCACCUCCUGCACUACACCUUUGAAAAUUAAUAGCUUAAAAAUGAUAGAAUUAAUGAAGCAAUAUAUUUAAAUUAACUCAUACAAGAUUAUAUAAUAUUCUUUGAAGUUCUGUCAGCAUUAAUUCACUUUCUAGCUGCAUCUAAUUGGUAAUCAAGAUAUGACCCUUCCUUGCUUUUUCUCACAAAACACGGUCCCCAACCUCAAAUGCUGUAUUCUUAGAUACCAGGGGUUGGCAACCUUUCAGAAGUGGUGUGCCGAGUCUUCAUUUAGUCACACGUAAGGUUUUGCGUGCCAGUCAUACAUUUUAACAUUUUUAGGAGGUCUAUUUCUAUAAGUCAAUAAUAUAUAACUAAACUAUUGUUGUAUGUAAAGUAAAUAAGGUUUUUAAAAUGUUUAAGAAGCUUCAUUUACAAUUAAAUUAAAAUGCAGAGCCCCCCGGACCGGUGGCCAGGACCCGGGCAGUGUGAGUGCCACUGAAAAUCAGCUCGCGUGCCGCCUUUGGCACACGUGCCAUAGGUUGCCUACCCUUGCGAAAUACAAAAACGUCUUCUACAAUCUCAUUUUUGUGGUUUAUUUUUCUUUAGAAAUAUUGUUUGCAGGGAAUGUACUGUCAGUGUCCACUGUUGAUUUCAGAGUGCUGCCAGGGUUUCCAUGUUCUUGGUUCUAAGGACACAACAAAUGCAGUUUGAUAAAGAAAUAGAGAAGGGGUUGUAUUCCUUUACUGAAUCAUCACAAUUAACUUAAUUGUAGUAAAGAUGCUGGCACUUAAUGACACAUAACAUGAAAUUUGGUGAAGAUUUAUUGGAAGACCUUUCUUCUCGGCCACAAAGCAGUCGAAAGGGUGCUAUUUUUGUUGUCAUGUGAGGUUUAGAGUACAAAGAAAAGAAAGUUGCUCCAGGAAAUUCAUCACCAUUCCUCUGGGUUCUGUCCACCACCUUCUAGAAUGCUCUGUAAAAAUAGUGACCGAUUGGUCCAAUUCCUUGAUAUUAGCGAUUGAACUUAAUUUCUUGAAGAGCUGGCUGAGCAGAGUGUGAGGGGAGGCACAUCACACAGCAUUGCUAGGACUACUUUUUGUUUUAAACGUGAUGCGUUAUGAACAUUUUCAAUGUAAUCAUUCAGUUUUGAAGAUUUAUUCACAAUACGCCAUCCAUGGCAGAGUGCCCUAAACUUACGUU